CUUGUCUCUUUAGUUGUGGAGGAAGAAUCUCGGAAAUGUGAGAAUGAUUCAGGCCUCUACUUCCCAGUUCCUGUCCCUCGUCCUGUGAUCCUGGAGGUUGGCUGUGGCUCUGGAGCAAUUGCUCUAAGUCUGUUGUGCAAACUGCCACAGAGCCAGGUGAUAGCCGUGGAUAAAGCGGAAGCUGCUGUGGAUCUCAGCAGGGAGAACGCACACAGGCUGCAACUCCAGGACAGGAUCCACAUCCUCCACCAUGAUGUUUCAUACAGUUCUACCAAGCAGCUGCUACUCUGGGGCCCUGUAGACUUCAUAGUCAGUAACCCUCCAUAUGUCUUCCAUGAAGACAUGGCUUCCUUGGACACAGAAAUCCUCCGCUAUGAGGACCUCGAUGCACUAGAUGGGGGAGAUGAUGGGAUGAGAGUCAUCAAAACAAUUCUGGCUCUGGCUCCUUCUCUUCUGAAGGAUUCUGGGAGUGUGUUUCUGGAAGUUGAUCCCAGACACCCAGAUAUGGUGGAGAACUGGCUUCAGGCACACCCCAACUUACUACUCGUCCUUCGUGCUGUUCACAAGGACUUCUGUGGCGUGCCUAGGUUUCUGCACAUCCAAAAACAAAGCAGAUGA